UGGAUAGAGGACAGAACUGGUGUUUGUAUUAACAGAAACAGGUGGAAACAUACUUCAGUCUACAUUAGUGGUACUGCUUACAUUACAAUGGAAUUACAGAAGUAUCUGAUGCUGAUAUUCAUCAUCAGUGGCACAAGAAAAGCUAUAAAAGCCCAGAGCUGUGGGGUUUCUCCACUCAGAACUCGAAUUGUUGGGGGUGAGGAUGCAGCUGUAGGGAACUGGCCUUGGCAGGUCAGUCUACAAUAUUUUGGCUAUCACUUCUGUGGGGGGUCCCUCAUCAGCCAGGAAUGGGUGCUCACUGCAGCUCACUGCGUGUACUUCUUUUCCUCAGACACUGGACUGAACUGUACUGUUUAUCUGGGUAGACAGAGUCAAAAUAUCUCAGUCUCUAACCCACAUGAGGUGAGUCGAGGAAUCCUCUCCAUCAUUCCACAUCCAGACUAUGACCCCUACCAGUUCACCAAUGACAUAGCCUUGCUGAGACUGAGUGAGCCAGUCAACUUUAACAGCUACAUCAGACCAAUCUGCCUGGCUUCCAAUGACAGCGUCUUUCAUGAUGGCACAACCUGCUGGGCCACUGGGUGGGGAGAAACGGGUUUUGUAGGUGCUCAGCCCAGUUCUGGAGCUCUGCAGGAGGUGAAGAUGAAAGUUGUGGAAAAUAAGGACUGUAACUGCAUGUUUCAAGACCUCCUAUUUUUUGACAUAACAAUCCCUCCUACAAUGAUGUGUGCAGGAGGAGAGAGCGGCAAAGGAGUUUGUUUUGGAGAUUCUGGUGGUCCAUUACAGUGUAAGCAGGACUCUGUAUGGAUCUUAGCUGGUGUCACUAAUUUUGGGAUUCCUUGUGCCACUGGAAUUGCACCUGACAGCUAUGCUAGAGUAUCCAAAUUCCAAAACUGGAUCUUGGAGACUGUUAAUGGAUCAGAUAUUGGAUUUGUGACGUUUUCAUCUGAUGAUGAAGAUAAAGACAGCAGCUUUUUGUGCAGUGGAGAAGAUAUAGCCCUAGGACUUUUUUACCCGUUUGGAAAUAGAGACAUAGAAAAUCCCUCUCAAGAUGACGGAAACUCUACAGUAGUGUUGGAAAAGCCCUUUGUAUUUUUUGGACAUGUUUUUGAACAAAUUUAUGUAAAUAACAAUGGGCAUUUGACAUUUGAUGGGCCUCUUUCACAGCCAACACCAGAUUAUUUACUACAACUCAACAGAGACAUCAUUGCUCCUUUUUGGACAAACCUGGACAACACUAUCAGUGGAACAAUCUCCUAUCGUCAGGUCACCAGAGGUGGACUCUUACUAGCGGCAUCAAACAACAUAAACCAGUAUUUUCCGCAUCUGAACUUCACUGCCUCAUGGCUGUUCAUUUCUACUUGGGAUAAAGUACCAUACUAUAACAACUUACAAUCGAGUUCAUCUUUUCAAGUUGUUUUGGCCUCUGGUGGUUCUCUGUCUUUUGUCAUGAUGAAUUAUGGAAAUAUCUCUGCUACAGAUCAACAGUUUCAGGCUGGAUAUGGCACAGUUAAUACAACAAAUAAUUUUUCCAUUCCUGUGCCUGAUGAAAAUAAGCUCUUCAACUCCAGUAAUGUCAAUGUGUCGGGACGCUGGGUAUUUCGGGUUGAUGGUGGACCAGAGGAGGGAAUUUUCUAUCCAUAUGGAGAUGAGGAUAAAAAGAACCAUUUGGAGUAUUUUGGAAGUUCUCCACUUAUCAAUCUGUCACAGCCGUUUGCGUACUUCGGGCUUAUUUAUAAUGAGCUAUACGUGCAUAACAAUGGAUAUUUGUUUUUUAAUGAGCUGAUUUACCAGUUGCAUCCCUAUUAUUUUCCUUUAUACUCAUCUGCGGACAUCAUCGCUCCACUAUGGACAUAUAUUGCAAUUACACAUCAAGGAACAAUCUCUUACCGACAAGUUACAGAUUCUCAUCUCUUGAAUCGGGCCUCAAAAGACAUAAAUCAAUAUUAUCCCAACUUGAACUUCACUGCCUCAUGGGUUUUCAUUGCUACGUGGGAUAAAGUAUCGUUUUAUGGAUACAGGCGGACAGAGUCAACUUUUCAAGCCGUUCUGGUGUCUGGCAAAAACAUGUCAUUUACACUCAUGCAUUAUGGUCAUAUUGCUCCAACAUAUGAAUUUAAGUCUAGCUGUGACACAAGUGAUUCAACUGAUUUAUUUUCGAUUCCUGUCUAUGAUGCCACAAAACUGCCUUUCACAAGCAAUGUCAACAUCAUGGGUCGAUGGGUAUUUCGAACUGACAAAGCAUCAGAAAUCAAUGGACUGUUCUAUCCAUUUAGGAAUGGGAACAAACUAAACCUUCAACAAUAUGAGUUUUCAGAGCUCAGUUUGCAGACACCAUUUUCUUACUUCGGGCUCACAUACAGAACUGUUUAUGUUCACAAAAGUGGAUUUCUUACUUUCAACCGACCAUUGUUUCCUUCGAGUCCCCCUACUCUUCCUGCAAAUAUAGACAUUGUUGCUCCACUAUGGACAGAUAUUGAUAACAGUGAUAUUUACGUUCAAGAAUUCAAGGGUGUCCGAGUACUACAGCGAGUAACAAAUGAUAUACGUCAAUCUUUUCCUAAUACAAAUUUCACUGCUGACUCCGUUUUUGUUUGUACUUGGGAAAAUGUGACAUAUGUCAACACUUCAGCUCAGUAUUCCUCUUUUCAAGUACUGCUGAUUUCUGGUUCUGGAUUGUCAUUUAUUGUAUUUAAUUACGGCAGUAUUCCUCAAACUACACUUACUGCAAUGGCUGGAUAUGACACUGAUGAUUCAAGCAGUUUUUAUACAGUUCCUGUGUCUAACGUCACUAACCUGACCAACUCCACAAAUGUCAAUGUUAAGGGCCGUUGGGCUUUUCGUACUUUGCCAAUAGAACAUGGUCUCUUUUAUCCAGCUGGCUAUCAGGACUCUCUGAAUCCCUGUCAAAGUAAUGCAAGCUCACCAGCUUUGCAUUUGCAGUAUCCUUUCUUGUACUUUGGACGCAAAUAUCACAACAUAUAUGUCGACAAUAAUGGACUUUUAACGUUUGAACCAUUUUAUGAAAGAAUCCCCAAGGCUUUCCCUGCCAACUCUACUAGAGACAUUAUAGCUCCACUCUGGACGAAAUUUGACUGUAGCGUCAAUGGAAGCAUCUCCUACCGCGUGGUGACGCGAGGCCGUAUCCUGAAUCGGGCAAGAAAUGAUAUCAAACAGUAUUUCCCUCAGUUUGGGUUCUCAGUAUAUUCAGUCUUCAUUGCUACUUGGAAUAGAGUGCCAUACUUGAACAGCCCCACAACGGAAUCUUCGUUCCAAGUCGUUCUAGUCAUUUGCAGAACUCUUUCCUUUGUCAUAUUGAACUAUGGAAAUAUCUCCUCAACUGAUCAAAGUUUUCAGGCUGGCUAUGACACAAUAAACUCAACAAAUUAUUUUUCAAUCCCUGUGCCUGAUGAAAAUGAGCUAUUCAACUCCAGUAAUGUCAAUGUGCCGGGACGCUGGGUAUUCCGUGUUGAUGGUGGACCAGAGGAGGGGACAUUCUACCCAUAUGGAGGUGUAGAGGAUGAGAUGAGCCCGAGGUCAGAUGAUGGAAGUUCUCCACUGAUUCCUCUGCUGCAGCCAUUUGUCUACUUUGGACGUGAAUAUGACAAAAUAUUUGUGAAUAAUAAUGGAGACCUGACCUUUGAAAGUCCACUUUAUCAGUGGUAUCCCUAUUAUUUUCCUGCAUACUCAUCUAUAGACAUCAUCGCUCCACUGUGGACAGACAUUUAUAAUUAUGAGAAAGGAACCAUCUCUUACAGACAAGUAACAGAUGCUCGUCUCUUGAAUCGUGCUUCAAGAGACAUAAACAAAUAUUUUCCCAUCUUGAACUUCUCUGCCACUUGGGUUUUUAUUGCUACAUGGGAUAAAGUACCAUAUUAUGGAAACAGAGAGGCAGAGUCAACCUUCCAAGUGGUUUUGGUGUCUGGAAAAAACAUGUCAUUUACACUUAUGCAUUAUGAUUUUAUCACUCCGACUGAAAGUGCAGAGUCUGGCUUUGACACACUUAACUCUACUAAUUUCUUUUCAAUUCCGGUUUCUGAGGUCGCAAAUCUGUCAUACACAAGCAAUGUCAAUGUCACGGGUAGAUGGGUAUUUCGUGUUGACAAUUCAUCAGAAAACAAUGGAUUCUGUAUUAAAACUUAUCCCCAAGCUUCCUCAGAUGAUGUUUCUAGUGCUUUGAUAUGUGGAAGAACCCCAGUUACCACCAGCAGCAGGAUAGUAGGAGGUCAGAACGCUUCAGCUGGACGCUGGCCCUGGCAGGCUAGUGUCCUCUGGCAAGGCAGCCACAUCUGUGGAGGUUCUCUCAUCAACAAAGAGUGGGUGCUGUCUGCUGCCCACUGCUUUAAUAGGGAUACUGCAUAUUUUUACACUGUGUUGUUGGGGCAACAGACCCAGGAAGGCUUCAGCCCCAAUAAAGUGUUCAGAUAUGUGAAAAUAAUCAACAAACAUCCUAGUUACAACCAUUUAACAAAUGACAAUGAUAUUGCUCUUCUCAAAAUGAGCUCUCCAGUCACCUUCACUGACUACAUCAGACCCGUGUGUCUAGCAGCUCAUGACAGUGUGUUCAACAGCGGCACAGACAGCUGGGUCACUGGAUGGGGAAACAUUGGUGAAGGAGUGCCCCUUCCAUCGCCUAAUGUUCUACAGGAAGUGGAGGUUCCUGUAGUUGGUAACAGACAGUGCAACUGUCUCUAUGGAGUUGGAAAUAUAACAGACAACAUGAUCUGUGCUGGUCUACUGGAAGGAGGCAAGGAUUCAUGUCAGGGUGAUUCAGGUGGUCCAAUGGUGAGCAGAGAGAGCUCAGUAUGGGUUCAGUCUGGUAUCGUUAGCUUUGGGACUGGCUGUGCUCGACCUGAACUUCCUGGUGUGUACACCAGAGUAUCAUGUUAUCAGGAAUGGAUCAGCUCUAUUGUUUGCAGCGAUCCUCCAGGUUUUGUGCAGUUUACCUCUGCUGGAGCUAACCCUGACUACAGUUACAGCUGUCCUGGUCUUCCUCCUCCUUUCUUAUUAACCGAAUCUAUAAUUCCAUCUUCUGCAACAUUUCCUCAACAUAAUUCUUUGCUAUCAUAUUCUGUUUUGCUUCCACCCAUGUGUUCCAUAAUGUAUAAGGUUUGAGGUCAGUAAGUUUUUAUUUUUUUCCUAUUCUAAUAGAAAACAGUUAAUUUAAAUAAGA